AUGGAGCAAAAACAGAAGAGACCAUACCGAAAAGCUGGUCCAUUCCAUGUGGAAUUUCAUGGACUCCAAGCUUGCUUAAGAAGCGACAAAUGUCAAGUAAAUAUCAAAACAAUGCUAGUAUCUCAUGCAUUCGCUUUGUUUGAUCAUCUCGAUGAGCCUGAGCGCGACUUUAUGAGAUACUGCUUAAACAAAUGCAAAAUUACUUCACGAGGGUUCGAAAGUGCGUAUAAUCAAUUGCUGGAUGGUUUGGUCAAGCGUCUAAAGAUGCUUGAAGGGGCAAAAAAUAUCGGCGAUGAUAAUCCAUCGAUCAAGACUGAAAUGAAGUCAAUACUUGACAAGCUAUACGAGAAAAAUGUCUUUUCGGCAUCGUACUACAGCCAAUUCAAGCGUCUGAUGAAGCUCUCUUAG